AAAUGAGCCCGGGAUGCAUAUGCCCCGUUUGGUGUCAAAUGUGAACGACAACAACAUCACCGAUAUUGAUCAUCUUCUCCUGCACCACCGCCAAUCUAAUAACUUAUCAUGAGUCUCCCUUCACCGCCGGCGCCCAACCAAGCCGAUCUCGAAAAGGCCCAGCCUUUCCAGUGUGCUGUUUGCCAGCGUCGCUUCACCCGAAUGGAAAACCUCAAAAGACAUGCAAAGCUUCACGACAAGACAACAGAGCGCCCCGUUUUCCCCUGCAGCGAGUGCAAGUCGACGUUUUCGAGAGCAGAUCUCCGAAGACGCCACGUCAUCAGCAAGCACGGAGAUGAAUCUUCAAGAGGCAAAUCGACCAGUCCCAAAGGUACGUGCUGCCUGUAGCUUCCCAAAUCGUUGACAAAUUCCCCUCGUCUGUAGACUCUAGCUAUAAAGCGGUCAGCAUCAUCCCCGAAUCAACACUAGACGCUCUUGCCACUGCUUCAUACCAGCAGGAAAAAUCAAUAAUCGACCGAUUUCCACUCGCAGACCUUGGCGCCCCUUCGUCUGUCCAAUACCAGGACACGAACCCCGCCCCUAUCGACUUUCGCAGGCAGAGUUUGCCUUCGACAUCCUCCAGUACCACCUCUCUCCUCCAACGCUUACGACUAUCCCAGCCACCAUCGUCGGCAAUACCCAUAUCAGUCGAAGACGACACACUCCACCCAAUGUCAAUCGGGCCAGCUGUGCAGUCUUUCUUCGCAUAUGCUCCUCAUAUGUUCCCCUUCCUACAUCAGCCUACCUUCGUCAGCGAAUCAUGUCACCCGAGCUUGCUCUUUGCAAUUAUGUGUCUCGGGUUGCACACGGCGGCGGAUAGCUUGAAGGACCAUGAAAAGGCAAUGGGUUGUUACCGAGCUGGACUCAGUGGGUUGGAUGGAACUCUGGAGAAGGCGGGUAACCUCAAACCUUCAGAAGUUCUUCACAUCAUCCAAGCGCAUAUCCUCUUAGAGAUAUACGCUAUCUUGGCUUUGUGUGGGGAGCACACAUCACGAGGCUUGAACCUUCAUCAUCAGGCUAUCCAGAUUGCACGCAAAGCUGGUCUCAUGGAACCAUACCCCACCCAGCCAUCCUCGACCCAAGAUUUGGACAUGCUCUGGAGGCAGUUUAUCAGAGGGGAGAGUCACAAGCGUACCCUCUAUGCCCUCUAUGUCAACGACUCGACUUGGUACCACUUCCUAUCACGCCCCCGCAGUCUCUCCCACCUGGAAAUCAAGCACGAGCUUCCCUGCCGCUCGUCCCUGUGGGAUGCCGUUUCGGCAACCGACUGGGCUCAUCGGUCUCUGGUAGCCUCAACCGACACAGCCUGCCCACGCUUUCUCGACACCAUCCGUCGUGCCUUCUCCUCCGACCUCGAUGCCUCUCUACAAGUCGACUCCUAUGGUGCUUCACUCAUGACUCACUUUGUCCUGUCAAGCGUGAGGGAGAUGACUGGUUGGUCUACCAUGACAGGCCGGUCCUGCUUUGAGAGGUUCGAGUCUUUGCAUACUUCUAUGGUCAAGCUUGAGCCUCUCGUGAGCGUUCCUAACCAUGCUCACGAGUCGCCGACGACAGCAGCUGCUGAGGCGACCUGGCGGAUGAGCAUGAUAGAACUGCUGUUGUGGUCACAAUCGCAUACCGGAGGGUUAGUGGAGGAUUCGAUCGAUGGGGCGAUGGCCGCGAUUGCGAUGCUCGGCUCCAAUCCCAUGCUCGACAUCAGCCCAGAAAUUCUCCAGUCUGUCGAACAUCACGUCAAUUGGUUUCUCCUCUACCUCCACCGCACCGGUCCGGAUACCCGAUAUGAGGCCCCCUUCCUCAGCUUCUACCUCUUCAAAGCUGCAGUCAUUGCAUGGCAGAUAGUGAGGUCAGGCGGUUUGGGCCCGUUAGAGACUGUCGGAGUGAGCGAUAUCGACAGCUUGCUCGGAUGGAUCAGGGCGAUGUUUGAGAGAAGAGUAAGGUGGGGUAUCGGGAAGAUCGUCUCAAAAACACUGGCGGAGUUGCAGAGCCAGAGCGAAUUUGCAGUCUCACGCGACUGCUGAACUGUAUGGAUCAUUGUUGUAUACGCUCUCGGCAUACAUCCAUCCAAGCAAAUAGAAAAACCACGAAACAGAAUAAAAGAUCGAAAAUAGUACUCAACAACGUUGUCAACAUUGUUAACGUCCUAGUUCCCGGUAUCAGUCAACGUGUACUUCCAGACACACAGAUGACCAGAAUGGUGGGGAACUAGGGAGCGUAGCUAUGAGAAUAUAUAUAUAUGUGAGAUAGAGCGGAAAGAAAGAUAUAAAUAGGUAGGAUGUACCGUAGUGAAGGUAACGGGACAAAGGUAACUGUUACGGGACCAUAACGACC